CCAGGAGGAAACGGCCGAUUUUGCGUGCAGAUGUUGGAUACGCUGGGUGGAUGCUUCGACAACCUCAUCUUGAAGGUGACUUCACAACUUUACUACGGCCUGCCCACAGUGACGCGCUUGGCUCCGUUCGGAUUCCCCCUGGACUGUACUGGUUCAGUGGACAUGAUGACCUUGCCAGAGGAAAAUCUCACGGUGGAUGAGAACAUCACCGAUUUCCAGUUGGCCACCCAGCGCUGCGCUGGUGCGUUGAGUUGCGAAUACACGUUCGACCCCACAGGGCUCUACGACCCGGCGCCAAGCUGUACCAAGGAGCUGGAGGUGAACUAUACCUGUCCGAAUCAUCAAAGUUAUCGCAGUCUGGCGCGAGUCUAUCCGGGCGAGGUGGCGUCCACCACCAUUCAGUGCCCCGUGAAGUUUUUGCCGUCACCGGACCCGUUGGCGCUGCAUGGUUCGCUACAGCAAGGUGGUUUUUUGCUGUUGAACAGCAUCGACAUCUUCCGGCUCAGGCAGCUCACGAGCUGCCCCAAUGCCUGGCGUCCGGGCGUGAACGUCACAAAGCCAGUGGCGGCGUUUGAAGCCUUGGUCUCGGGCGCCUCCAGCAGCGAGUUCUGCAUCAUCGGAGCCCCUGCAGCCCUCAGCCAGUUCGCCCAGCACCUGCGCUACGUGUCGCGGGCCGACUGGGCCGGCAGCGAACCCAUGAGGAUCACCCUCACAGCCUCAGAGGACCAAGACGUGAUCGUGGCCGCGGAGCAGACGUGGAUCGUGGUGGAAACCACAAACGAUCGACCCAGCAUCGUUGCAACGCAAGGGAGUUUUGAGGUGCGAACUGGAGAAAGUGUGGCCAUCACAGGUAUCAACAUCUCGGACGCCGACAUGAGCGACGGUACGCGUUGGAUGACGCUGCUCGUGGCUGCAUCCAUCGGUCGGCUCUACGUGGAUCCCUCGUUUUUGCUGUCACCCUUGGGGACCCUGGAGCCGAUAUCAGGCCGUUUGGACGGCGACUUCGCGUUGCGCCUGCGCGGCAACGGCCCAGACCUCCAAGGCUUGGUGGAGGCGCUACGCUUUCGCAUGGAGGCGCCGGUGAAGCCCAGCCUGACCACGCGGUCGGAAACUGAGGCGCCGGAAAGCAACGAUACGAUCACGCAACAGGCUGGUGCCUUGCGAAAUCAUCAGGUGGCUGGAAAGGUGGUGGAUCCUGAAAGCGAUGAGCCGGUGGAGGGUGUUGAAGUGGUCCUCAUCGCCCGCGACACGUGGCACGACUACCUGGGCUACACCUUGGAGACGAGUUGCCACCUGGAGCUGGUGGGCUGGAGCGUGGCGGAGUGCAAGAGCUAUGCGGAGAACAACGGCUACAUCAGCUUCACCCACGGUCUCUCCACUGCGGGUGGGGCACAAUCCUGCUGCUUCAAGAGCGAAGAUGUGGAGCUGAUCCUGAUGAAUUUGGUCUCAGAGGCCAGUGAAAAUCUCUACAUCUUUCAGCCCGGUGGCUACUUCGUGCGGGCAACCACUUCCGCGGCAGGGAUGUUUGCUGCAAUUAUGCCCACAGGACCUGCGGACAUUUAUUUCACCAAAGCAUUGUAUGCGACACGAAAUCUCAGCAUUGUGGUGAACGACAACAUCCAAGUUGGCGGAUCCGCAGAUAUCUACCUUCAGGCCUUGGCCGUGGUGACCAUCUGGCGCUUCGAGGUGGAUUGGAUCUCCAACACGGGUUCGCCCGUGGAUUUGGACGCGCACGCAUUUGAUGCCUGGGACUGCCAUGUGUAUUUUGCCAACCGCAUUUGUCAGCAUGAUGGGAGCCAUGGACUCACGGUGACCUUGAAUCGAGACAAUCGCGACGUGAUCCAAGGGAAGGAGGUCAUCACCAUCCACCAGUGGCCCUGCGAUGCCACGGUGGCGGCCAGUGGCGGCUACCGAGAUAUUUGGAGCUGUUUGGCCUACUUUUGGCUUCAGAUCUUCUCCUACACCGAGGACACCUUUGCAGAUGUGGACGCUAAGGUGAGCAUCUUCCGACAAGGCACGCUGGUGCAGGAGAUUCAGCUUCCGGCGGACGGCGAUCCCAACGACUUUUGGGUGGGCUUUGCCUUGGACUGGAGCUCCAGUACCGUCCAAUCCCUCCAGAAUCAGACGGGCAACUCCUCGUUGGCGGAGGACUUCGUGGGUGGCCGGGGCGACUAUCAGCUCCCGCCCAGCAAUGACGUGCGGCGCCUGGCGCGAAGUGCACCACUGCGGCGGAAGCGGAUGGAGCGCUGGCAGGAGCAGCUGCAGAAGGAUUGGAAUAGCGAGAAGGAACCGCAGGAGAUGGGAAAGAUUUCUUACCUCAGAAGUUCCGAACGAAGAUUGCAGAGCACCGAACUACAGGGUCUCUACGCUUCAGAGCAGUUUGAUCGGAAGAACUUGGAGGGAACCGCUUUGAUUUUCUCCUUAGACAGUCAGCAGAAGUUCUACACGGCCUGUCAAGUGGUGCUCGCAAGUGACAAGUUCCUGCCGUAUCCGCCACCCAGCUGGGCACGGAAAUUGGAGUUGCCAGAUGAUGGUUCGGUGGAAAUUCCUUUGCCAUCGCCCAUGACCUUCUACGAGCAAGUUUACAACUCGGUUUUCGUUGGAGGAAAUGGUUACGUCACCUUCGGUGGCCCCUCGGUGAACCGCUCCAGCAGCUCCGACAGCCACUUCUCGCGGCCCGGCGUCAGCGCGCUGGCGCACGACCUGGCGCCGCAUCGCUGGGGCGCCACGGUGUGGCUGGAGGUGGAGACGGUGGACCUGUUGGACACGCGGGUGGUGAUCACCUUCGAAAACGUGGCCACCUUCAGUGACCGCUCCGGGCAAAGCAGCAGUUUCCAGAUUGUGCUUUUCCUCAUGACCCACCAAGUCAUGGUGAGUUACCAGCAAAUCUCCGACGCCGCAGCGGCCGCCAAUGCCGCCAUUGGCGUGUCGCCGGCCAUCUUCCCCACGCUCGGGGUGGAGUUCGUGCCGGAUGCCACGGCGUGUACCAACACGUGUCCCAACUGGGUGCGCGAGAGCUUUCUGGAGGAAUGUGACAUCGGCACAGUGCUUACGGAAGGAUGCGACAGCAGCACUUGUAGGGUCCUACCCGGAUACAGCUGCAACAAGGUGCUCACGGGAACCUAUGCCAACCAGCCUAGAAUGGACGAAUGUGUGCCCAUCGUGUGUGGCAAUGGAUUGAGGGAGACGGGCGAAGAUUGCGAUGAUCGAAACCAAGCUGAUGGCGACGGUUGCUCAUCCACUUGUCAGGUGGAACUGGGCUACACCUGUUCUCGCAGCGAUUCUGCACAUGCGGACGUGUGUCACGGACAACAGCCUAUCUUUACGGAGGAUUUUAGCGCGUCGACCUUCGAUUUGGAAGGCCACAUGUUGAUCUUCAAACCAGCACCAGAGGGAUCUGAGCAUCGUGGAAAGUAUGAGAUGUGCAAGCAGCCCCUGCUGAACUCGUUACAUCCAGAUGUUCCCUCCACAGCAGCUGAAAAGCUGAAGAUCUUCGAGGAUGACGACAGCGUGGCGGUGGACUUGCCCGAGGCCUUCCCCUUUUUUGGCCGUGCGUGGAGGAGGAUCUACGUGAACUCCAAUGGUGUUGUCACCUUUGAGCUGCCCUACGAGAGUCAUAGGGGUACGAUGGAGGGACACUUCUUGGCCCCGCGCGUGGCAGCUCUCUUUGCUGAUCUGGCGCCUCAGGAGGGCGGCGGAAUUUACCUCGAGGUCAUCAAUGGCACAUCAGAUCCGCGCGUGGCGAUUACCUACGAAGGCCUGUCGGAGUUUGGACGGAGCACUUCGCAGAGCUCCUUCCAGGUGGCCCUCUACUUCGACGGUCGGAUCCGCGUGAGUUGGUCCUCCGUCCGCGCCGCCGCGCCUUUCGUUGGGGUCUCAGGUGGAGCGAGGCCAUCCAGACAGUCCCUGCACUUGGAGAAGGGAUACCUCUUGCUGAACGUGUCCGACUUGAUGAGUCGGGGCAUCACUGCGGAGUAUAGCUCCAACCUGGGCUUGUACACCCAGGACAUGACCUGGGAGUUUUGGUACAAGUUGGAUUCCUUGGGCACACAGAUGCCCAUCAUCACCAACGCGGUCAGCGGCGUCUGGAGCAUCGGCUUGUUGUACAACGAACGCAUCUUCCUGGAUGUGAAUGAAACCGGCUAUCUGACUGUCGGGGUCCAGGGUCGAACAGAAUACAAGGAGCAGGUGAGCGUCUCCCCCAUUGUGGCGAAGAAGUGGCUCCACUUUGCCGUGGUGGUGAAUCGUGGGGCCCCCUGCAGCACGCAGGACGAACCAACCUCUACGGUGUGCUCGCAGAUUGAGGUCUGGGUGGACCGUGUGAAGAUGAUGGACCUGCGCAUAGGGACGGAGGGAGGUGGCGCUAACGUGGGCAUCACCUUCUAUGACAGUUUCGAAGGGCUGGCCCUGGGAGGCAACGAGUUGUCCGCCGACGUGCCCAAAAGCAUCGCGCAGUUCCGCGUUUACGGCCGAGCGCUCUCAAGGGACGAGCUAGGCUCCUGCACUUACGCCAACGCGUCGGUGGUGGAUUUGGUUAUGAGCUACGAACUCAACGGGAAUUUCAUGGAUUUGGGUUCGGACUUUCCCUUGUCCAUGUCUCCAGAGACGGUGGCAUACUAUGCUUACGACCUCCCGGAGCAGUGCAGCGCUGCCACCGUGGAGGAAGACUUGAGCAGCGCUGCGGUCUGUGUCCCUGCGGCCUCCUGUGGUGAUGGCUACAGGGAAGCCUUUGAAGCCUGCGAUGAUGGAAAUUUGGCACCUGGAGACGGAUGCUCUGAGUACUGCCAGGUGGAGUUUGGCUACGCGUGCCGCGACGUGGCACAGCUGCCGACGACCACCUUGUCACCCAAUGAUUCGAAUGCGACGAGUUCCAGCAUGUCCAACGGGUCAGGCCAAAUCUCCCUGUGCGAGCCGAGUGUCUGUGGCGAUGGCGUGCUGGACAACGGCGAGGACUGCGACGAUGGCAACAACGUGAGCUCCGAUGGAUGCAGCGCUUGCAGCGUGGAGCCGGGCUUCUACUGUACUCGCGUGCAGGGCCAGCUCUCCAGUUGCGCAACGCGGUGUGGUGAUGGCAGACGUGUGCUGAUGUUUGAGGAAUGCGAUGAUGCCAACACGGACUCCGGGGAUGGGUGCAGCGCCACUUGCACAGUGGAAGCUGGCUAUGUUUGCCAAGAUGGGACGGAGAUGGUCCGGGACAACUGCCAUCCCAAAUGCGGUGACGGUGUCAAAGUGCCCAGUGAGGGCUGCGACGAUGGGAACACGCUCAGCGGCGACGGCUGUUCGUCCAGUUGCAGCAUCGAAAUCGGUUAUGCCUGCCACGGUGGCAACUCCAGUCACCGCGAUGAGUGCAAUCUCACGGUCUGCGGCGAUGGCUACGUGGAGGGCGCAGAAGAGUGCGAUGACUUCAACGACUUCGGCGGCGACGGCUGUUCCGCCGUGUGCUUGCGGGAGAUCAAGGAGGUGGCGUCCAAUAGCGACACGCGGGUGGUGGUCACCGUUCUGCCACUGGGGCAGAUCUGUCGGAUCUACAACGCGCGAAGCCAUGAGACAUCGGAGGACACGAUGUACCACUUGCAGAACACCAUAAUCACCGGGGAUUUGUCGCAGCCAGAUGACUUGCGCAUCCGCAUCCGCGUGUUGAACGGCUCUAUCUCCAUGGAACCGCUGGUGAAGCUCUACCGGUCGCAAGGGCGCCUAGAUGCGGUGUGGGAGGCCAUUGUGGAACGGGAGACGGGUGUGCGAUUCUAUCCCUAUGGCGAUUUGAUGAAGGACACCAUCAUCUCUGGAAACCAUUUCCAGGUGGAUCGUUUCUUGCGCUACUACAUGUACAUCUUGCCGGAGCUGCACUUCUCCGGCUAUAUUCAGGUGCUCUUUAACGUGAUGUCGGGAAUGGUCAUGAACCACGGAGCAGAGGUCUGUGAAUCCAACGUGGUCAUCCGGGUGGCCCCUGUCUGGAACGAUCCCACGAGCAUCACGGUGCGGCCGGACAUCCAGUCCAACGGCUUUCAAUGCGUCGCUUCCUCCACAAGCUGUUCGUUGGCGGGCCUCUCCUUGCAUGACCCCGAUUGUGAGACUGUGGUGGAUGGUUCCUGCUAUCUGAAACUGACGCUCAACGUCUCCCUAGGCUUGCUGUCGCUCCCCGGGCAUCCGGAUGGAUGGCAAGCAUCCUUUCCAGCGAUGAUGGGUCAUUCCGGUCUCAACGCCGCCCUGGAGCGCAUGUUGUACUUCCCUCCAGCCCUGCCCUCGGGUGAUGCCACAUUGCAGCUGAUCGUUGAGCGAGUCAUCGAGCGCGGUGUGGCGACACCGGAGGAGUUGCAUCCCAUGAACGUCUCAGUGCAGCUGCCCAUUCACAUCCUGGCCCCCGACACGGCGCCAACCAUGACUUUGGCGUCAGGUGCGCCAUUUCAUGGCGCUGUCUUUGAGAUGGGUAGCGCUCGACCCUAUAACUUCACCAAUCUGGUUUUUGAACCACCAGGUGCCAUCGUGACGACUGUCAUGGUGGAACUCUCGGUCUCGCGAGGCUUUCUCUUCUUGGGCAACAUGACCGACCUCUCCCUGGCCAACGGCACCGAGAACGGUGAGCACCGGCUGCGCUUCUACGAGAACAGCAGCGACAUCCGGCUGCGACUUUCGGAUGUGCGCUACACCUGGGGUGAUGACGACUGCUCCAAUUUGGAGCAGUUCAACAUCUCUAUAGACAGUGGACAUCAUGAGCCUCUGACGCUGAUGGCAUUGCUAGUGCUACCAGACUGUCAGGGCUAUUCUGCUGAAUGGUUGGGUGGCUCCCUGACAGUGUCAGAAGAUUCAGAGAUCUCCAUUGGACAUCUGAACCUCAGCAGUCGCGAGCCACAUCUGUUCCUGGCAGUGAAAGUGAAGCAAGUUCUAGGCCCUGGGCGCCCUGGUGACUGCAAGGUGGUGCGGUGGCCUGAGGAGAUUCCCAGUUUUCAGGGCCGGGAGUGUGAGCUCGAUGGCUUGGUGAAAGGCUUGAACCAGGCACUGCCGUACUUGGUUUAUAGACCUCCGCCCGACUUUUUUGGACCGGUCCAGCUGGAAUUUUUGAUUUUCAAGACUGACGUGGCAGAUGAGAUCUUGGGUUCCAACAACAAUUCGCGAGAUUCUUACCAACGCAUUCUGGUCGACAUUGAGGUUUUGGGCCAGAACGAUCCACCUGUGUUGGAGCUCUUGUUGGAUACCUACACUCUGCCGGAAGACCGCGGCGAUUUUCUGGUCUUGGGCCCAAUGUUUGUGAGUGAUAUCGAUGCCAACGACUAUGAGCUGAGUUUUCGCUUUGAGCUGGUGGCGGGACACCCGGGGAAUAUGUUGAUGGUGUGCGGGCUGCUCGGGGCCCUGAUCCACGAGCCUUACAACUACACCUUGGAUGAGAACGAAUGUUUGAUGGACGCGCCAGCGAUCCAGUUUAACACCACAGUCCAGAACUUCAACAGCAUGCAAUCAGGGCCAGGGCGAUUGCAAUUCAAAGCAGUGAAGAAUUGGCACGGCUCAGCAGUCAUCAACAUCACCGUUGAUGAUAGAGGCAGUGGUCAUGGUGAGAAUGAACGCCUCAUUACUCAACGAUCCUUAUAUCUCACCGUAGAGCCCCGGGUCGACACACCUGAACUCUCCAUCCUUUGCCCAGAGAAGUUGCCAUUCGUGACCUAUGGCAGGAACUGUUUGGAGGUCGUGGACUGCUUCGCACUUCAGGCACUAGAUGAUGAAGGUGACGGCUCCGCGCUCUCCUUCUGGUUGGUGAUCCAGGCGAAUGACCCACGCGUCCAGAUCAACUUGGAGAACCGGGCGCCUGUCCAGGUGUGGCAAGAGGGAACCGCAGAACUUCACAUGGCUGGGCUGUACCACAACGUGCAAGAAACCUUGAGAGCCUUGAAAUUCCGUCCUCCUGGUUCUCUCUUCGAGAACGCCUACGACCCUCACAUUUUCGAGUUCAACGUGACUCUCACGGCCUAUGCUUUGGGGGAAAUCUUCAAUGAACCUUGGCCACCUGCCCUGCUGACUUCUGGCGGCAUGGACGAAAUAGACUUGCCUUAUCCCAGCGACCAGCUGGAAUUUGCUGUGGAGGUGCGCCGCAUGAACCGGCCUCCCUUGUUCUUCGUUGACCGUCCCUCCUUCUCUGUGACGCAACUGCAAGAUCAUGUGCUCCUUUACGGUGUCACCGUCGCAGAGCCCGACGUCCGCCGGGAGGAUUUGUUGGAGGUGGUCGUGCAAGCGGACACUGAAGCGGAUGUGGGCAUGGUCUCCUUUGGUGGGCAACAAGGCAUGCGCCUUCGACAUGAAAUGACGUUGCAGGAGCUGAACCAGGCGUUGCAAGGUCUAACCUUCGUCUUCAAAGAUUCCCAUUGGUUCGGCGUCACCGGGGUGUCGUUGUUCGUCAGCGAUUUGGGCAACCACGGCUGGCGUGUGGAUCGCAAGGCGACUCCCGACAGCAUGGUGGGCCUGAAAGCUCAGGAUCACAGCGAGUUGACUGCGAGCACUUUCCUGGCCGUGCAUCGUAGCUUCAUCAAUCAGCCGCCGCAGAUCACGGUGCUGGAGCCAAAAAGUGGGUUGUUGGAAGUCUUCGAAGACCAUGUGCAGUUCGUUUCCUUCAGCGUGAAGCACAAGGCCACGGAGCAACAGGUGGACGAGAUGCUGACUGUCUUCCUCAGCGCCCAGCACGGGAGGAUCCAGUCCAUCUCGCUUCAGAAUGAGACGACGAAUCGGGGCAGCCAGUCUCAUGACGGCAAACGAUUGGAAUACCGAGCGUAUCUUUAUGAGUUGAACGUCUUUCUGGCACAGGUGCAAUUUAUGCCAGAUCCCAACUACCACGGUCCAGAUGAGAUCAUGGUCCUGGUCACCGAUGGAGAAUACGCAGUGAACACCAGCGUGCCCAUCCAAAUUGCGAGCCUCACGGAUCCGGUGCUGAUUCAGUGCCCCCCAGCGGUUGACCUCUUCGAGGGCCAAUCUUUCGUGGCCAUCGGUGCCAACAUCUCCAUCCGUGACUUCGAACCGCUGCCGGGCGCCGUGGAUGACGAGAGCCAGGUUGAGGUGGAAAUUUUUGUGGGCGACGGGGGCUUACACCUUCCAGAUCUAGAUGAUUUGGUCAACGACAGCGGUGUCGUCCUGUCCUCGCUCAAUCGCAGCAUCGGAGUCGCCACGUACCACUUCAAUACCACGCUGCAAGGCUUCAGAAGCGCUCUGAAGGCCUUGCAAUUUACGCCCUCUCCGGCGCUGUACCACGGCGUGGUGCACUUGGAGAUCCGCGUUAAGAUGGCGGAGACGCCGGAAUGGACCUGGUGCGAAAUCGGUCUUGUGGUUCACCCUGUGAACAGCCCUCCGGUGAUCCACGUGGAUGAAUCGCGCUUGCUGGCAGCCACCAACGGCGGCCUGGUGAAACCUCAUAAGAACAUCCAUCUGCACGGCGUCCUAAGGCUCUCAGACCCAGACGAGGAAGACUUCUCUGGGGGUUGGUUUGUGGAGCGUGUGCAUUCCGCGCGCCUCAAACUCCACGCCUCCUGCGGCACCAUGUCCUUCCUCAUCGCAGCGGCGCCGCAGGACUACGUCUUGGGCGUCCAGAAUGGUUCCAUCGCAGGCACUGAAGGGAUCACGUUCCACGCAGGCGACGGAUCGCAUGACACGGACAUGGACAUCACCUCCACCCUGGCGAAUCUGAAUCUGCAGCUGGGGCGCCUGCCACUGGGACCGAAAAUCACUUUCGCUGGUCAUCGGGGUGUCCAUGGAGCCAAGGAAAUUAUGGUCAUCCUCAUCCAAUCGUUGUGAGGAACCAAAUGCACUUUCAGGUCGCAGAAUAUUGACCUCGACUGCUGCGUUUCGCCACAUGAAUCUGAUCCACUCGGGUGUCCUCCACCAGUGAGGAAUGCGUUAGAUCAGCAUCUGCAAAGCAGAGCUGAUGAUGGAAACCGAUGCGAUCUGCGAGUG